AUGGAACCGCUUCGAAAGCGUCGCGAUGUGCUUUUUACGCGAGUGAAGUGGGAGCAGUCGAACAUUAGUGCGUUGGAGAAAAGAAAGCCUCCGAUCGGAGAGCUGCAGGAACGCCUGCAUAAAUUGACGGACCUCAGUGACCAGUUUGACAAAGUGCAAUGCGAAUUGGAAGAACAGACGGAAGGAAUCACCGAGAUAACCUCAAUUUUCAACCACCGCAUGGAAUUUGAGGAUGUCUACUACCAAGUGAAAGCUGGCUACAUCCGGAUGCUGGACGAACAGCAGCCUCCUCGUGGAAGCAGCGAUGGGACCGUCGUGGAUGCCAAGGACGAACUGCGGGAUGCCAUGAAGCUGCUGCUCGAAGCACAGGCCCAGACCCAGAGCACCAUGUCGCAACUGGCUGGCCAAACUGGCAUGGUCGCACGUUCCCGUCCAAUCGAAGAAGCUCACGGUGCCGGAGCCCAAGUUCCGCUCGAGGUGCGCCUGCCGCCCAUCACACUGCCGAUGUUCUCUGGCGACCGGAAGCAGUGGGCGUCCUUCAAGGAUCUAUUCGUGAGCUGCAUCCAUAACCGGAACCUUAACAACUCCGUUAAACUUCACUACCUGAAGUCCCACCUGGAUGGAGAGGCCGCGGCGAAGGUGAACUCGUUCCGAGUCACCGACGGAAACUACGACGAGGUGUGGGAACUACUCACCGAGUUCUACGACAAGAAGAAAUACACCGUCGCGGCUCUCGUCAAGGAGUUCGUCGAGCAGCCGCCGGUGGCAGCACCGUCGCUCGUUGGACUCCGGAAAAUCGUCUCCACAUCGGAUGAAGUUGUGCGCCAGCUCAAGGCUCUCGGCGCACAGUACGAGGCCCGUGACCCGUGGCUUAUCCACCUGGUGUUGGAGAAACUCGACCGUGAAACUCGUUCGUUGUGGGCUCAAAAGCUAGUCGACCUGGAAUUUCCUAGCUUCAACGAGUUCGUCACGUUCCUCGAGCGAAGAUGCGAUGCCCUGGAGACUUGCGCAUCCUACUCCAAGAAGGCAGCUGACACGACCACGAAGAAGGAGCAGGAGCGGAAGGUGGAUCAACGAAAGACCGCUCCGUCAACCAAGGCGAUCCAGAGUUUCCACGCGAACACCCAGCCAACCUGCCCAAAGUGCUCCGAAGCUCACACCAUCUACCAGUGUGCCAGCUUCAGGGAGCUGCCAGCAAGCGUUCGACGAGAGUUGGUGGAGCGAGCCAAGCUCUGCUUCAAUUGCCUCAAGUCGACCCACGGAGUGAAAAGCUGCACGUCAGGAUCGUGCAGGAACUGCAAACAGAAGCACCACACGCUGCUCUGCACGGGUGAUGCCAGCUCCGCCUCGAACUCCGGGCAGCCCCGCGACCAACCAGCAGCUGAAAAGAAGCAGCCACCUACGAAGGUGGACACGACGAAGCAAGCGGAUUCGGUGGCAUCUUAUGUCACGGAUCUCCGGACCAGCCGUUCAGUGAACUUCAUGAGCUUGCUGCCUACGGCUGUCGUCAAAGUGAUGGGGAGAAACAACGUCUUCCACGAAGUGCGGGCAAUGGUCGACUCUGCCUGCAUGAACUCGCUGAUCAGCAAACAAGCCUUCGAACGUCUUGGCCUGGAACGGCGCAACGCCAGCAUUCUCGUGAGCGGCAUCACCGACGGGAAGCCCAGCAAGACAACCGGAGCAGUGACGCUGCAGAUCGCAUCGCGAUUCGACGACCGUGUCGUCAUCGUGGUGGAUGCACUCAUCCUGAACAACCUGGUUCCGGAUCAGCCGAGUCAGCAGUUCAACGUCGACACGAAUGCCUUGGCCGAGGCGCCGCUCGCAGACCCGAGCUUCAACCAGCGUGGAAAGAUCGACCUCUUGCUGGGAAUCGAGGUCUUCUUCUCCAUUCUUGAACCGGGCAAGCUGUUCGACGGUCGAGGUGCGCCCAUCGCACAGAACUCCAUCUUCGGCUACCUGGUCGGUGGCCAGUUCGACACAUCGCAUGCCGCCGAGGGCCGUGCGGUUUUGGGGCUCACAACUACAAUGAACCUGGACCAGACUCUACGGAAGUUCUGGGAAGUGGAGGAGGUGCCCAAAGCCAUGCAGUACACUCCGGACGAGCAGCGCGCUGCCGAGCAUUUCCACUCCACACUCUCUCGCAACGAAGCUGGGCGAUACGUGGUUCGCCUUCCCUUCGACAGUGCCAAGCCGCAGCUCGGCGAAUCGGCUACCGCUGCCAUCCGGCGGUUCAAGGCCAUGGAACGAAAGUUUAGCCUCGACAGUGAGCUACAACAGAACUACAAGCAGUUCAUGACCGAGUACCUGGCGCUCGGGCAUAUGGAGAAGGUGCCGCCUUGCGAGGUGGCAGUUACACCGGAGAAAUCGUUCUACCUCCCACAUCACGGCGUGUGGAAGGUGGACAGCAAGACGACGAAACUCCGCGUCGUGUUCGACGCCUCGAGCAAGACUGCCUCCGGGGUGUCCCUGAACGACCGCCUGCUAGUGGGGCCGAACGUGAACGAGCCACUCUUCAACGUGUUCACCCGCUGGCGCACCUACAAGUUUGCCUUUUGCGCCGACGUCGAGAAAAUGUAUCGGCAAGUGCUCGUCGCCAGAGAAGAUGCCGAUUACCAGCGAAUCGUGUGGCGUGAAAGUCCGGAGCAACCUCUGGAACACUACCGCUUGCUGACCGUCACCUAUGGAACAGCGAGUGCGGCGUACCAAGCCAUGGCGGCCUUGCGGCAGGUCGCUGAGGACAACAAGGAGCAGCACCCGCUGGCAGCCGAGCGGUUCCCCCUGAACUUCUACGUCGACGAUCUGCUCUCCGGAGCAGACUCGAUCGGCGACGCCAAGAACCUGCGCAACGAAAUCACCCACGUCCUGGAGAGUGGUGGUUUUGUCCUGCGAAAGUGGAGCUCGAACGAUCCGCAGCUACUGGAGUGCGGUGCAGAACAAGACGAGUCCAUUCCGUUCAAGCUACCCCAAGAAGAAGACGCCGUGAAGGCCCUGGGAAUCAAGUGGACCCCUCAGGAGGACGCGUUCAGCUUCGACCUCAACUUCGACAUUGACAGUGCCAACACCAAGCGCCAGCUACUGUCCGACUCGUCGAAGUUCUUCGACCCAUUCGGUUGGAUCGCACCUGUGACCAUCCGGAUGAAGAUCCUUUUCCAACACCUGUGGCUCUACGACCUAAGUUGGGACGAUCCACUCCCAGCCUUCAUCCUGGGAGAGUGGAUUGCGCUGAAGGAAUCGCUACACCACCUCAGACGAAUUCGGAUCAAGCGCUGGAUUCCACACUCUGGAGGGAAGCUGCAACUCCACGGGUUCUGCGACGCCUCCGAGGCUGCGUACGCAGCUGUGAUCUACGCCCGCACGGUCGCCGAAGACGGCACAGUCGAAAUCAACCUCGUCGUCGCCAAAACCAGAGUCGCACCCAUUCAACAAAUCUCCCUGCCACGCCUGGAGCUGCUGGCGGCCGAGUUGCUGGUGGACCUGAUGGUGAAGGUGCUGGAAUCGUUCACGCACUUGGAGGUCGAGCUAGUGGCGUGGAGCGACUCGCAGAUCGUGCUACACUGGCUCUCGUCGCUGCCAAGGAAGUGGAAAACGUUUGUGGCCAACCGCACGUCCAAGAUUCUGCAGUUUCUGCCGCGCAAGCACUGGCUCCACGUGUCGUCCAAGAACAACCCGGCCGACUGCGCGUCCCGGGGAAUCACGCCGCUUGAGCUGCUGAUGCACCCCCUGUUUUACGGCCCCAGCUGGCUGAAAGAGAUCAAGGAUUACUGGCGCAUUGAACCACUGGGCGAGGUCGAAGAGGAUGAGCUGCUGGAGAUGCGGACUACGAUCACCUGCCUGUUCGCGAGCGCCGUGCCGCCGCCCUGGUGCGACCACGAAACGCUGACUUUCCUGCUCAACCGCUACUCGGAUCUGGCUCACAUUCGGCGCAUCUUGUGCUGGAUCAACCGUCUGCGGCUCAACUCUCUGGCUCGUCGCACCAACGCGCCCAAGCUGGAAGGACCGCUGACGCCGAUGGAGAUCAACGACGCUUGCUUGCAACUGGCGCGAGCGGCUCAACACGACAGCUUCCAGACGGAAAUCGAUUGCCUGGUCAAGAACGCACCGCUUCCAGGCAACAGCAAGCUCAAGGCUUUGUUUCCGUUCGUCGACGCAGAUGGCACUCUGCGGGUUGGUGGCCGACUCCAGAACUCCAACCAGCCGUACGACGUGCGCCAUCCUGUGAUCAUCCCAAAAGAGCACCGGUACACGAACCUGCUGCUGUCAGAAGUCCACCUUCGCAACCUGCACGCAGGGCCAACUCUGAUGAUCGCCACACUCAACCAAAGAUAUUGGAUCGUUGGCUGCCAAACGGUGGUUCGUGGCUACGUUGCGAACUGCACUCGCUGCUGCAGAAUGAAGGCGAAAACCGCGACGCAGCUGAUGGGAAGCCUGCCUUCCGUGCGGACGAACCCGGCUCGUCCUUUCGUGCACUGCGGUGUGGACUUCGCGGGUCCAAUCCUCGUCCGCACCUCCAACCUUCGGACGGCCAAGACAGUGAAGGGCUACGUCGCUGUCUUCGUUUGCCUCGCGACCAAGGCAGUACACCUAGAAGCCGUCUCCGACCUGUCCACGAGCGCGUUCCUGGCCGCCCUCAAGCGCAUGUUCGCCCGUCGUGGGAUAAGCAGCGAGAUCUGGUCCGACCACGGAACCAACUUCGUGGGCGCGGACCGACACAUCCGAGAGCACCUGCAGUCACCUGAGUUCAACCGAGCUGUCAACCAGUACCUGUCGGAUCUCAAGGUGAAGUGGACGUUCAUCACUCCAUCCGCCCCCCACAUGGGAGGAAUCUGGGAAGCGGCGGUGAAGAGCAUGAAGAAGCACCUCCGAGUGGUGCUCGGGAACACGGCGCUGACGUACGAGGACCUUUCGACCGUCUUGACGCAGAUCGAGGCGUGCUUGAACUCGCGCCCCUUGUGCCAGCUCUCUGCGUCGCCCGACUCGUACGAGGCCCUCACGCCGGGCCACUUUAUCAUCAACCAGCCGCUCAACCUGCUGCCGGAACCGGACGUCAGCCACAUCAAAGAAGGCCGUCUGGACAAGUGGCAACGGAUUCAGCGCCACGUCGACGAGAUCUGGGCACGCUGGCGUGACGAGUACGUGGCCACCCUCCAACCGCGGAACAAGUGGCAAACGGUGCAGCAGAAUCUGGAUCCGGGACAGCUGGUCCUGAUCAAGAACGAGAACACGCCACCUGCGGCCUGGGAGCUCGCAAGGAUCGUCGCAGCACAUCCGGACCCGUACGGCGUCGUUCGCAACGUCACCGUGCGCAGAGGAGAGAAGGAGUAUCAGCGGCCGGUGCACAAGCUGGUCCCGCUUCCGAUGGAUUGA